AGUCUAAAGAGAGGGACCAGCUUCUGCACAUCCUCUUUAAUCUCAUCAAGAGACCAGAUGAUGAGCAGAGACAAAUGAUUUUGACAGGUUGUGUUGCAUUUGCAAGACACGUGGGUCCAACUCGUGUUGAGGCUGAGCUUCUUCCUCAGUGCUGGGAACAGAUCAACCACAAAUAUCCUGAGAGGAGAUUGCUGGUGGCGGAGGCCUGCGGAGCAUUAUCUCCUUACCUGCCUAAGGAGAUUCGUAGCUCCCUGGUGUUGUCCAUGUUGCAGCAGAUGCUUGCUGAGGACAAGGCUGACAUGGUCAGGGAGGCAGUAGUCAAGAGUUUGGGAAUCAUCAUGGGCUACAUUGAUGACUCUGACAAGUACCCCCAGGGCUUUGAGUUGAUGCUUCUGUCCCUCGGGGACCCAUCGGAGCGAGUGGUCAAUGCAGUCCACCAAGUCUUCAUCCCUGCCUUUGCUGCCUGGACCACAGAGCUGGGCACCCUGCACACUUCACUUAUCCCUUCUCUGCUGGCAAGAAUAGAGAAACUGCUCAAACAGGGUGAACACGGUCUGGAUGAACACAAGCUGCACAUCUUUCUGUCAGCCCUUCAGUCUCUCAUCCCACCUUUGUUUGCCGUGGUGCUGCAGAACGCACCCUUCAGCAGUAAAACCAAACUCCACAGAGACAUACCUGCAAUAGAAGUGACCCGGUUCCCCAGACCAGCCUCUCCCCUGCAGGACGUGGCCACCAUCAUUGGGAGCAGAGAGAUGCUAAGCACCUUGCUGCUUCUCUACGACCACCAGCUGGAGCAUGAAGGAACUACGGGCUGGGAGAGCCUGCUAUGGGUGGUCAACCAACUACUGCCUCAGCUCAUAGAGAUCGUGGGCCGCAUCAACGUGACGUCGUCGACGUGCGUUCACGAGUUCUCUCGCUUUUUCUGGAGGUUCUGUCGCACAUUUGGCAAGAUUUUCACCAACACGAAGGUGAAGCCACAGUUCCAGGAGAUUCUCCGACUCUCUGAAGAGAAUGUUGAUGUUUGUGCGGGGAACGGUAUUCUCACCAAAGCUACAGUCCCCAUCUAUGCUACUGGAGUGCUGACCUGUUAUAACCAGGAGGAAGAUCGCAAACUGUUGGUGGGUUUCCUGGAGGAUGUUAUGACCAUGCUGUCUCUGUCGCAUGCACCUCUCGACAGCCUCAAGGCCUCCUUUGUAGAGCUGGGUGCAAACCCAAUUUAUCAUGAACUGCUGCUCACUGUUCUGUGGUACGGAGUGGUCCAUACGUCCGCUCUGGUCCGGUGCACGGCAGCGCGAAUGUUCGAGCUGCUGGUGAAGGGGGUGAAUGAGACGCUGGUAGCUCAGAGAGUGGUGCCGGCUCUCAUCACACUGUCCUCCGACCCUGAAAUAUCAGUGAGAAUCUCCACCAUCCCUGCCUUUGGCACCAUCAUGGAGACCGUCACACAGAAAGAGCUGCUAGAGCGUGUUAAAAUGCAGCUGGCCUCAUUCCUUGAAGACCCUCAGUACCAAGAUCAGCACUCUUUGCACAUGGAAAUCAUCAGGACGUUUGGACGGGUCGGGCCGAACGCAGAGCCGCGCUUCAGAGAUGAGUUUGUACUCCCGCACCUCCACAAACUUGCGCUAGCUAACAACAGCCAGUCGGUGGAAAGCAAGAGGAUCGACAUCGCCAUCCACCUGUUUGAGGCCUACAGUGCCCUGUCCUGCUGCUUCAUUUCUGAGGAGGUGAUGGUCAACUAUUUCCUGCCCGGCCUCAGGUGUUUGCACGCCGACAUGGAGCAGCUCUCUCCGGAGCACGAGGUAAUUCUCAGUUCUAUGAUUAAAGAGUGUGAGAUAAAGGUGGAAAACAGAGGAAUGUCUGACACACAAGGAUCUAUAUCCAUUGCAUCCAGUUUGGUGGGUGAGGACGCCAAGAACAAGUUCCUAAGCAAAAUGGGUCAGCUGACCACCUCUGGAGCCAUGCUGGCCAAUGUCUUCCAGAGAAAGAAGUAACUGACUGACUGAGCCUCCGUUACGAACUGACGAGCCCCCGCUGUCUUCAGGAGGAUUUCAUUUUUUUACUGGAGGAAACGCAGAUUCUGCUGGAAAUAGAAGAAAAUCAAGUGUUGUUUAAUCAGAUGAACCGUAAAACAUUAACGGCGGGGCUACCUGCAAUGAGAACAGACGUGUUUUUGUUUUUUUAAA